AUGAAGAUCCUCCUCAUCUUCCUCACUUUCUACCUGAUCUCAGCUGCAGAAAAAGACAUCGAUGUAACUGGAUAUUCUGGAGGAAGUGUUCUGGUGGAUUCUGGGAAACUUUGGUUCAGUGACUCUGAUAAAUAUAUGGCCAAAUUACCUGAGUGGAGUGUAAUAAUAAAUGAUAAGAAACACGAUAAAUGGAUUAAUGAAGGAAGAUUCACACUUUAUCGAAACAGUGAUGGAAACCUCAUGAUCUACAUCAGAGAAAUAAAGACACAAGACGCUGGACGAUACGCAAUUGAUGUUCUUCAGAACCAGCGCAUAUAUGUGACUGUGAAUGUGAAAGAAGAAGAUUCAUGUUGUAAAGUGUCAAGGAGAGUGAUGGUGAAUGUUGGAGAAACUGCCAAUUUCAGCUGUGAAUAUUCACAGAAUCAUAUUAAUGAUCCUAAGAUCAUAUUCAAAGAAGAAAAAGACUCCAUUGAGAUGAUUUACAGCAGAUGGAAGAAGAAAGAAAGAUUGAGUAUUUCUGAUGACAAACAUAAAAACAUCUUCAGUGUGAGAAUGACUGCUGUGACACCAGAUGAUGGAGGAGUUUAUUUAUGUGGAGUUUGGAUCGACAAACAAUCAUACACUUACUCCAUUAUUAAUACUGUUCAUCUUCAUGUUAUGACUAAAGUGGGCGUGUCUAGAGUGAGCAGCUCCUCAGGAGGUCGUUUGAUGAUCAAGUGUGAACAUCCUCAAUACAAAACCAACCCAAAAUACAUCUGUAAAGAAUCAGACGGAUGUUCAGAGAGGAAGAAUCCAGGAGUUCAGGGUGAAUGGAUGGAGAAUGGAGAUGUUUCUUUAUAUGACGACACCAGAGCAGGAGUCUUGAUGGUGUUUUUUAGAGAGCUGAAAGCUGCAGAUGAAGGAACAUACAGGUGUGGAGUGAAAGUAUCUGACUAUACUGAGAGCUUCACUGAGAUACAGCUGAGCGUCAGACAUGAUGUAAACUAUCCAAAGCGUGUGACUGAAUCUGUGUCUCUUGGUGGAGAAGUCAACAUCAUCUGUCUGAUCCCAAAGGAGCAUAAAGUUCAUUUCUGCAAAGAGGAUGAUAAUCACAUCUGCCAAAGCAUCAGCUCAUCUAAAGUGACAGAAAUGAGUGGUUCAUCAGAGAGAAAUGAAGAGAGAGUUGUUACAGUGAGCAUCAGUAAUGUGAGUGUGAGAGAUGCUGGAGUUUACUGGUGUGGAGCAGAAACCAGAGACACACAUCUGACUUUCAUCUCCCUGAACACUCAAAUUCAGCUCAACCUCAUCACUAAAGUGGGCGUGUCUAGAGUGAACGGUUCCUCAGGAGGUCGUUUGAUGAUCAAGUGUGAACAUCCUCAAUACAAAACCAACCCAAAAUACAUCUGUAAAGAAUCAGACGGAUGUUCAGAGAGGAAGAAUCCAGGAGUUCAGGGUGAAUGGAUGGAGAAUGGAGAUGUUUCUUUAUAUGACGACACCAGAGCAGGAGUCUUGAUGGUGUUUUUUAGAGAGCUGAAAGCUGCAGAUGAAGGAACAUACAGGUGUGGAGUGAAAGUAUCUGACUAUACUGAGAGCUUCACUGAGAUACAGCUGAGUGUCAGACAUGAUUACUCCAUGAUCAUCAUUAUUAGUGUGUGUGUGAUUCUGCUGCUGAUCGCUGGAUUCACUCUGACUGUGUGCAAAUUUAGACACAGGAGACGAGAUCCUGGAUCAGCUCAAAUUAACAGUCAUGAUGAAUUACCCACAAUCCCCUCUGAUGAGCUCCUGUACGCUGCUGUCAGUUUCCAGAAGCAUGAAGAGUCUCUCAGUGAAGCUACAGUCAGAUUCAGUGAAGAGGAGGAGAUUCAAUCUGAUUACGCUGCAGUCAAGCUGUAUUUUCCUUUUGUAAUUGCAAAUCAACUCAACUCUGAUGAGCUCCUGUACGCUGAUGUAAGUUUCAAGAAGCAUGAAGAGUCUCUCAGUGACGCUACAGUCAGAUUCAGUGAGGAGGAGAUUCACACUGAUUACGCCACAAUCAAAUUCACCACAUGA